AUGUCCUUUGGAUCAACGCUGGAGGACAGGGGAUACUUCCAUCUACAUAGUCGUAGAGUUGCUGACCAUGCAGAUGAUGCAAGUGACAAUAAGGUGGGUGUGAUUGGCAUAGUUGGCAUGGGGGGAAUGGGCAAGACCACCUUUGCUCAAGUUGUAUAUAAUGACAAGGACGUCCGUGAGCAUUUUAACCUUACAACAUGGGUUUGUGUUUCAGAGGACUUUGACCCUUUUGGAGUGACAAAAACAAUUCUAGAUGGUGUAACUUCGUCGACCAGUAAUAUUGAAGAUCUAAAUGAGCUUCAACUUCAACUAAAGGAGAAAUUGAAUGGAAAUAAAUUCCUAUUAAUUUUGGAUGAUGUUUGGAAUAAGAAUAAUAACGAUUGGGAGAUAUUAAGCGACCCCUUUAAAUCUGGGGCACAAGGAAGUAGAAUUAUCGUAACAACGCAUGAUGAUGAGGUUGCAUCAGUCAUGCGCACUUUUGCUACUCAUCCUGUAAAGAAGUUACCAGUGCAGGAGCGUUGGUCACUGUUUGCAAGACACGCAUUUCAUGAUGCUAACUCCAAUGCACAUUUAGAGUUGCAAGAAUUUGGUCAAAAGAUUGUUGAAAAAUGUCAAGGUCUACCUUUAGUAAUCAAGACAAUUGGUGGCCCAUUACAGUUUAAGUUAGAUGUUUGUGAAUGGGAGAAGGUGUUAAGUAGGGAAUUAUGGGAAUUGUCAAAUAACGAAACAAAGAAUAUUCUUCCUGCUCUAAGAUUAAGUUAUAGAUAUCUCCCAUUAGAUUUGAAACCAUGUUUGGCUUACUGUUCAAUACUUCUAAAAGACCAUGCUUUCAAGAAAGAGCAAUUAAUUUUAUUAUGGAUGGCAGAAGGUUUGUUGCAUGCAAUGGAAAAUAAAACAAUGGAACAAAUUGGUGAUGAUUACUUCUACACUCUUAUAUCAAGAUCAUUAUUCCAAAGAUCAAGUGAAGACGAAUCAUGUAUAGUAAUGCAUGACCUUAUUAAUGAUUUAGCAAACUUUUGUAUCAGGUGA